GGACAGCGCCAUCUUGCAACAGCGCCCUCAAUUGACACAUGAAUUAAAGAUGGCAGCCUCCGUAAGAAAUGUCGUCUGGAGCUUUCAACAAGUUCAGUUGGGCAGGUCAUAUCUGACGUGUCUGAGGCAAUGGCCACGGUUGGCUAGUAGCAAAGUGUCCGGGACUGUCAAAUCAACAACUAAAGGAAACACGAAAAAGGCAACAAAACAGGCAACCUCAGAGCCGGUCCCCGUCAAGCCCAAGGCCCCCUCCAACGAGGCUACCCCUUACACCUAUGAAGUCCCACAGUAUGAUGACUGGUUCUUCUACAACGUAGAGAGCGACAUGUCCAAGCAUCGAUUACCCCAACCCCAACCUGGGAAGCCAUAGGUAGCCGAGAGCAGUGUAGAUGACACGGUGUGAAUAACUCCUCCUUCAAGUCAACCAGGAAAUGCACACUCUUCAGUCCCUACCCCUAAGUUAUGAAUGUUGGAAUGAAAGUUCAAAUUUGAGACUGCAUGCCAAUCUUUGAAAUUUUGAAUAAGCAUGUUAUCCAUUUUUAACAAUUCUAAAUGCACAUCAAAGUUAUAACCAUAAAUUGAAACCUACAUGUACAUGUAUAAUCAAACAUGUAACAUUAUGAGCAGAAAUGUUAGGCCAAUGUUUUGUAAUAAUUAGUGGACAGAGAAGAAAUGUUUGGAUGGCCAAAGAAUGAAAUGUUAUCAUUAGUGGACUUGUUCUUGUAGGUCAUGUUUACAUCUUUCACAUUUUCAGUAAUUUGUGAUGUGAAAAAACAUCAGAAUGCCUUUAAUUCUAAUUCCUGGAAACAUUUGUCAGAUUCUCUAACAAACCUGUUCAUUGAAACUUGAUUCCAUAAACCACAACCCAAAAUUGUUUUUGAACAAAAAAGGAGGUCUUUAGAUACCUUUUUCCACAAAAAAAGUUAUCCAUGAUUUAUAGUCUUGUUUCAAGACCUAGCAAUUGAAUGUGUGAAUUGAACCCACGGAUGAAAACUAAAGCUGAUAAAAACUAAUUUACUAUACUGUAGGAUGAAUAUGCAUAGCAUAAGCGUUACUAGUCUUGGUUCCAGUUGUAAAUAAAACCGUUUAAAACUGA